AUGUUGGUAGGAGGCCGAAGAGAGAAGAUCGUACCGAGCAAUGACAAACUUUGUUGGUACAUUUACUCGCAACGUAAGGGACGAACUCAUUUUGCGUAUCUCGUAGUUUGCAGGUAUAACAUGCUAACUAGAAAGUUUCAAACUGGCAUGACACCUCGGAAUGUGGCCCAAUUUAACGAUGCAACGCGGUCGCGGAGGUUCAAUCUAUCGGAUAGUUCUAAGCCAAGCCAAGCCGAGCGAGCUCAGCUCAAGUACCAAAAUGAGGGCACGAGGAACGAACCGCCUGAACAUUGCGCUCUGAACGCUAUCAUCAUAAUCUGAUCAAUCUGGAUAAUAUGGUAUCGCCGCUUAAGUCCGCCCUCUCAUCUUGUACUGUUGAUUGAUUGUGGAAACAGUCUUUCUCCGCGUCGGCUUCGCCAGGCAUUCGUGGCCUGCAAGAAGUCUUCACAGCCUUGUAGCAGGAAACUCCAUUUCAGCACGAAUGCUGCUGAGAGCUCCCAAGAUGCAAGCUGCUCGGGCGAGCUCCACACGACCAGCCCACCGCGCUGCCACUGGCCCUGCAGGUUCUCCAUAGCUCCUGAUGCCCGCAAGUCCCUCGAGAUAGCUGCAGCAUCUAUCUGCUGUGCGGCAAUCGCUCUCAGCACGUUGAAUCGUAGGCGUGGGUGCGGUAUGAUAUCGAUGAUGGGAUCGUGAGGCACCUGAUGCUGCGGAGGCAGAGGUUGCAGUGUAGCAGGUAUUCCACUGCUGGUCGGUCUGGGUGUGAGGGUUGAAUUUGCGCUCUGUAAUGUGCUCUGGGCUAUCCCCAGGCGCUGAGCAUUUGUGGAUGCUGCCGACAUGAGGUUACGAUUGAUCAGUUGAGCCAGCUCGUCCCAGACUCUUCCUGG